GCUGAGAAGCCCAUCCUCAUCGAGGCCGACAGCCGGCCCAACGCACCCGACGGCUCCGCGCGCGGCAAGCCUGCCAGCACACCCGACAGCUCCGCGCGCGGCAAGCCUGCCAGCACACCCGACAGCUCCGCGCGCGGCAAGCCUGCCAGCACACCCGACGGCUCCGCGCGCGACAAGCCUACCAGCGCGGCU